AUGUUCGGCAGAAUCAGAGCUUCACCUUCCUCGCUGGACAUUCUGGAAGGUUCUCCUCCGUCCAAGAUUCUCAAAGACGAUUCUUUCUCUAUCUACGAGGCCACUCUCAUGAAGCUUAAACUCGGCGCUAAACGCGAAAAGCCCUCAAUACAAACGAAGGAGAAUGAGUUUACAGAUGAUUUUUCAGUUAUUGAUGAAGGUAAUAUGGAAGUGGAUUUUACUACAGCAACAGCUAUAGCAGAAGCUUCAAGCUCUAUCGGUGAUAAUGAUGAUACAGCGACAUUGAUGGACACGGAUUGUUGUUCUUGUGUAGCCACCGUGACAUUGCCGGCUAUUGUUACCGGUGUGAGUGAUAGUGUUUCUACCGAGUAUAACACGGAACAACCGAGGCAAAAUAAUGUUUCCAUUCGAAAAUUCUAUUCUUUGUUGACCAAGAACAGUAGUAGCUGUGGAUCCGCUUCAUCUUCAGGUUCUGUUGUAUCUAAUGCGACACAAUAA